AUGAAGUUCGUGGAGGCUGUGGAUGAGACCUUAAAGAGAAUUGCCUGGCCUGGAUAUAUUUGCUUUACUCGGGAGAAACAGCACUACGAGUUACCAUCAUACUUUUCAAUAAAGUAUGAAGAUUUGCUCCCAGUGCCACAAGAACCAACUAUGUUCCUGAAUAAGGAGGACAUCAAACGUCUUAACGAUUGGAGAAAUGAUUUGGGACGAGGGGUUAGGCAACAGUCGGUCCGAAAUUCUUUCACGAAAGACAAAACCGGUACUCUCCCCUUUUACAUGUACAUGUCGGAAGAGUCAUACAAAAAUGUUGAAGAACAAGCUCUAACAUCAAUGCAAGAGCUAUUUAAGGCUGUCAGUUCUGUAAAGGAAGCAGAUACACCAACGAAUCCUCCAGGGAAUAGCAGUAGCUGCGACGAAGAGCCCGUGACCGAGCCUGGAAAUGGAAAUCAAAGCGAUCUCAACACUCAUCAGGCACCACAUACUGGAAUUUAUGCAAUCAGUAGCAAAUCCAACUUUUUUUCAGUUUUUAUUUCAAGCAAGAUAGACGCAAAUGAUAUCGUUGGUACUAAUUAUGUUAUCAUCGAUGAAAGUUCUUUUAUCUUUCAAACGUCUAGCGAAGAAGCACUAUGCAAGAAGAGUAACAUUAUUUGCGAAAUAAGCAAUCGAUAA